CAGAUCCUGAACAAAAUCCCGACCUUCAACGACGUCCUGGUGUCCCCCUGUGAUCCCGACGGCACGUCCAUGAUCGACGAUGCGUACCAGUGCCUGAGCGCUGUCCUGGCCACUGCCAGGGGCCCUGGACAGUUGGGGACCAAAGGGACGGUCCCUGCCCUGUGCCAGGCCUACCUGAAUUCCGGUUAUGGCUCUGACCGUGCCCUGACAUUGCUCCUGGGGCUGUUGGCUGUGGCAGAGGCAAAGUGCUGGCAGAGAGACGCUCCGCACCUCCUGGCCGUGCUGAGCAAGCUCUCCGAUGAUUUUCUCAAGGCUGAAGACAUGACCAAGUUUGAGCUGUGCGAGGUUCUGCCUCGCUUCAUCCCGCCAUCCCCGCCGCUCGCACAGGGCUCGCAGGGCUCCGAGUGCCUCCACAGAAUUUACAAAGGGCUGGCUAACAUCUUGGGCAGUAAACUCAACCAGUCGCAGCGGGACCCUGCUCUGAAGCUCGCUGCCUGCCUCGUGCAGGCCUGUGGGUCCGAGUGGAUCCCAGCAGAGAGUGCUGGAAGCAAGUUCCUGGCCUUGCUGGUGAACUUGGCUUGUGUGGAGGUCCGCCUGACCUUGGAGGAGCCAGAUCCCUUGGAGGCAGAGGGGAAAAAAGAACUGGUAACAGCCUGCUAUGUCCUUAUUGAGAUGGGGAUUCAGGAGUGCCUGAGAGAGGAGAAACCACUGCUAGAAGAGGGGCAGAAAAUGCAGCUCUUGAGGAUCAUGGAGGAGGCAUUUGGAGCUGUGAUAUUCUAUUUGAGACAGGUUAGGGAGGAGGAGCUACAAGAUCCUUUUGUAUUUGCUUGCGUUCGAAUCCUUGGAGCCUGGAUGGCGGAAGAGACAUCCUCCCUCAAACAGGAAAUCUGUGAGGUUUUGCCUUUCCUUGUUCAAUACGCCAAGAAGCUUUUCAAAGAGGGCAGCCCAGCUGAGAGUCUUCCCCAGCAAGAGCUGGCCAGCACCGAGGGCUUUGCUUUACCCCAGGAUGCUCUGAGAUUUCUGCUUCCUGGCUUUUGCCAUUUAACAGCAGAGGACAGACCCCGAGACAUCCUGGUCGCAGAAGGGGCACCAGCGUUGCUGUGUGAGUACUUCUUGCAUCAGUGGGAGGUGCUGACCUCCGAGACGGGGUCCCUGACCUCACCGACAAGCCCUGAAAUGAGUUUACAGACGAUGUGUGGGAUUUUCCUUAACCUGGUCGUGACUGCACCAGACGUCAUCAGGCGAGACAAAUCCUUUUCCUCCUUGAUGGACAUGUUGCUGAAGUCUCUUCCACUUCUGCUGCCCCAAAAAGAUCGCCUGGUUCUAGUAGCCAACGUUGCCACCCUGGGCCUGAUGAUGGCCAGGAUCCUUGCAGGUUCCGACGUUCUUCAGAGUUCACCGUCCGCCAAGGAGUUUUUCGGAGCCGCUGUUGGCUUCCUCUCGCGGGGCCACACCGCCCAAGCAGACCCUGGUAGCAGCGGCUGGGGCGCGGGUCGCGGCGGCGGGCCCGCGGCCGUGUCACCCGCCUACGCAGACACCUGGGCCGAUGUUGGGGAGCUCUGGUUCCUGGGGAUGCAGGCCCUGGCGGGCUGUGUGCCACUCCUCCCCUGGCUGCCGCCGGCCAUCCUCGAGGCACGGUGGCUGGAGGGAAUCUCGGAGUUCCUGACCCGCGUCACUCCGGCCUCGGUGGAUUAUGAACUCGUCACCGCUUUCCAGGGCGUGUUGGUGGAGCUGGCCCGAGCCAGCAAGUCGUGCAGGGACGUGAUCCUGUCGCACCACGGCGGGGAGUGGGCCAACCUCUAUGGUAUGGCAGCUUUGGAGCAGUGUCUGUCCGAGCAGUGA